CUGGGUGAGAGCUGCUAGUGUGAGCUCUGGCAGCUGCUGCUGUGCCUCUUUCCUGUGCCUCUUUUCCUUGGUCCAGGCUGACUCAGCAACAGAGCCUAGACCCUGGGGCCUGGUUUACACUAGAACAUGAGGCUGAUGACAAGAGUACUAGUGCUCCUGAUCUUGGAUACUUUGAGCCUUGCUAAGACCAUCCAGCCCAUCUUCGUUGAUUCAUAUGAAGGACAAGAAGUGAACAUAUCCUGUAGCCACACCAACAUUACUACCAGUGAGUAUAUCUUCUGGUAUCGACAGUUCCCCAACCAGGGACCACAAUUUGUCAUUCAAGGAUAUAAGACAAAUGUGGCAAAUGAAGUGGCAUCUCUGAUCAUUCCUGCUGACAGGAAGUCCAGCACCCUGAUCCUGCCUUGGGCCACCCUGAAAGACACUGCUGUGUACUACUGCAUCCUGGGUGUGCACAGUGAGACAGAUGGGGCUGCACACCUGUGCAGUAUCUCCUUGUGGGGAGACCCUCCGGAGCUGAGGUGCAACUACUCAUCUUCUUUUUCAACCUAUCUCUUCUGGUAUGUGCAGUACCCCAACCAAGGACUUCAGCUUCUCUUAAAGUACAUGUUUGGAAAGAGCCUUGUUUCAGGAAUCAAAGGUUUUGAGGCUGAAUUUAAGAAGAAUGAAACCUCCUUCCACCUGAGGAAAACAUCAUCCCAUUGGAGUGACUCAGCCAAGUACGUCUGUGUUCUGAGUGACACAGUAUCUGGGACUGUAGAGGAGCUGAACAAUAGCUUCCAGUGA